CAUUGUUACUGAAACUAGCUACACUUAUCCUGAAGGGGGUUAUGGCUAAAUACUUACAUGUUUAAAUUAUUUAUGAUGUUAUUUACGUGUUUUUUUUAUUUAUUUAUUUGUUUGUUUGUUGACAACAGGCUGAACAGGCGCGCGCUGUCCACUAGGAGGCUGUCUCGCGAGCCCAUCUGCCUGGAUGCAAAACAAACAUUCACUUCAAAUUUGCGUGGAUCAAAGCCCCAGCAGUCUCCCCUCAGUCGGUCAGUCUGGUUUGCAUCUAUGAACUCCUUGCCACCCACCACCUCGGCUGUCAGCAGCCCUGUUAGCUCCCUGGACUCGCCACUGUCCGUAAUCAGCUCGUCCAUCGGCUCUCCUGGUGUGCCUGGGACUCCUUCGGUGGGCUACGGACCCCUGAGCAACCCACAGAUUAACUCCUCCAUGUCUGAGCUGCAUGCUGUCAGCAGCUCUGAUGAUGUGAAGCCACCGUUUGGCCUAAAGUCUGCAGGUGGCACCGGUCCAAUGCUAUCCCAGAAACGCCUUUGUGCCAUCUGUGGAGACCGCUCCUCUGGUAAACAUUAUGGAGUGUACAGCUGUGAAGGCUGUAAGGGAUUUUUUAAGCGCACAGUAAGGAAGGACCUGAGCUACAUUUGUAGGGAUAGCAAAGAGUGCCUUGUGGACAAGCGCCAGCGCAAUCGCUGCCAGUACUGCCGCUACCAGAAGUGCCUGGCCAUGGGGAUGAAGAGAGAAGCUGUUCAGGAUGAGCGUCAGCGGAAUAAGGAGCGUGAAGGGGACUAUGAGUUUAGCUCUGCUGCCAACGAAGAGAUGCCUGUGGAGAAGAUUCUGGAAGCUGAGACGGCCGUGGAGCAUAAGACUGAACUUCAUGCUGAUAGCAGCUCUGGGACUGGCUCUCCCAGUGACCCAGUCACUCAUAUCUGUCAGGCAGCAGAUAAGCAGCUGUUUAGUCUGGUGGAGUGGGCUAAGCGCAUACCACACUUCUCUGAGCUGCCUCUGGAUGACCAGGUGAUUCUGCUCCGAGCAGGGUGGAAUGAGCUCCUGAUUGCUUCGUUCUCUCACCGUUCUAUCGGUGUAAAGGACGGACUCCUGCUGGCCACUGGUCUGCAUGUACCCCGCGACAGCGUCCACAACACCGGCGUGGAGGCCAUCUUCGACAGAGAGAGUGCACACAGUGCUGAGGUGGGGGCCAUAUUUGACAGGGUGUUAACCGAGCUGGUCAAUAAGAUGCGUGAUAUGCAAAUGGACAAGACAGAGCUGGGCUGUCUGCGGGCGAUCGUUCUUUUUAACCCAGAUGCCAAAGGUUUGACUAACACCAGUGAGGUGGAGCUCCUGCGAGAAAGAGUGUAUGCAUCCCUUGAGGCCUACUGCAGGCAGAAAUACCCCGACCAGCAGGGCAGAUUUGCUAAGCUCCUCCUCCGGCUGCCUGCGCUGCGCUCUAUUGGCCUGAAGUGUCUGGAGCACCUUUUUUUCUUUAAGCUGAUUGGUGACACCCCCAUUGACACGUUCCUAAUGGAGAUGCUUGAGGCUCCCCACUAGGCCAACCCAGAGGCAUGCUGGGAGAUGGGGCUUUGCCACCCGAGAUCACUGUGACUGCACUUUUCAAUCCCAGGGCAACUUCAGAAAUUGGCCAGCCUCUGGUCUGGGGUACACUUUUCAUUAUUGUUUAUCUUUGUAAGUGCACCACAGAGUCUAGAGACCCCAAACUUGCCAUGAACGUAGAAUAUGUUGGUGCUAUGUUUCAGUUGUGAGUCUUGAAUUCUUGAGGAAAAGUGUUUUUUUUUUUUUUUUUUUUUUUAAAGAUUGGAACCUUCAGUUCCCUUGCUAGCUUACAUAAGAGGGGUUUACAUUUUGAUAGAACUAUUUGGGGCUUUUAAACAUGUGGAUAUAAGCUUUAAUUGUCAGUGAGUGUGCUCAUUUAUCAUCUACAGUUUUUUAAAUCCCUAAGUGACUAAUUUAUUCAGCCCAGACCUUAAAGGACUGGUAGAACUGACAAUUGAACAAACAGUUUAAAACAUUCUUUUAAAACUGUUUUAAAACAAACAGUUUCUAAACUGAAAAGAACUCUACCCAUUUUGGUAGUUUGGCCAAAUAUAUAUAUGCAAUGAAGCUCGAAAUCAUGCACAAAAAGUGUGGAGAAUGGCUUGUUUUUAUGUCCAUGAGGAUGUACAUUAUGAUGUGUCAUGAGGAGAAUAAUGUUAGACCUGUAUAUUGGAAUCAGUUCCAGGGAUGUGAGGUCUUAUUGUGCACUCAUUUAAAGGAACGGUUAGCUGGAAAAAAGCUGAUUCGCACAGUUUUCUCUCAGUUUUACCUCAGAUGCAGUUGAGCAGACAAGACAUUGUCCAGACUGCAGUCCCUAAAAAUCAUCACACUUAACUUUAUAGCUGAGUAUUGGCAAUGACUGGGUGAUAAGUUAUGUAUCAUGGAAUAUGGGUUACGAUCCCACAAAAAUGUAGGCAAAGCGAUAUAUUAUGAUUAUUUUAAAGCUUAAUUUAGGAAAACAACACAUUGUUCAAAAAGCUUAGUAAACAAAAAUGACAUUUUCUAAGCAGUCAGCGCAAACAUUACAGCACUGUAAUCUACUGGUUAGGAUUAAAACACAAAUAUCACACACAAUUGACUAGUCUGCCAGCAAGCCUUACAUCUAUACUAUUCAUUAAAAAUGUGUACUUUGUGUUUUUGGAAUCCAUAUGGCAUUUGCCAAACGUAAUAUAUUUAUAAUAUAGCAGUAUUUUCUUACACCCCUAUACAUCACCUGUAAUUAACAUGUUCAUAGCUGUAGCAAUUUUCUGUAAUUAUAAAUCAGCUUAAACUACACCUGCACAAUGCAGCUCAGAUUAAACCUGCCGAGUAUAGCUGAUAUUUGUGCUAGUCUUAUACAGCAUCCUGAACCAUAUACAGACGUCUCCAGGCCCGGUUGCAAAAGCUGUGGGUAGGUUUAAAUGUAGGCUGGUUUUGCGUUAAUAAAAUUAAAUGGGUUUCACCAGAUAACCCAGUACUGCAUUGAGUUAGUGCUGUGUAUUGGCAAGAACUUGACAGAACAAUACUGUCAUGAUACAGGGGUUAGGAUUCAGUAUAUCAUGAUGUAUUGCGAUAAUGUAUGUAAGGUAUUAUUAUAUUGUGAUAUUGUUAAAAAAAAAACUCAUAGUAUAAAAAACAGACUUUCGUUUUUUUAAGUCUUAAGGUUUUAGAUCUAAUUAUGUGGGUUGACUUUAAACAGGAAAUGUGCACAGGUAUUCACCCCCUUUGCCAGAAAGCCCCCUGAAAAGUGAUUGUGCAACCAGUUACCUUCAGAAGUCACCUAAUUAGGGAAAUAAAGUCAUGUAUGUCUCAUGAUCAGUCAGUAUACAUUCACCUUUUCUGGCCCCAGAGGCUGAAACGGCACUGAACAAGAGGCACCACUAACCCAACAACACCCUGAAGACCAAGGAGCUCUCCAAACAUGUCAGGGACAAAGUUGUUGAUGUACAAGUCAGGCUUGGGGCAAAAAAAAAAAACCUUGACCAUUCCCCAAAGCAACAUCAAAUCCAUCAUCAUAUAAAAAGAACAUGGUGCCACAGCAGACCUGUCAGACCUAAACUGAUAGACUUGUGAGGAAAUCAUUAAUCAGAGAGGCAGCACAGAGACCAACAGUAAUCCUAAAGGAGCUUUAGCGAUCCACAGCAGAGACUCGUGCAUGUGUCGAUACACUCCACAUAACUGGACUUAAGUCGUUACUGACAGGUAUAAAUAGUAAAGAGUUUGCCAAAAGACAUGUAGUACACUCUGCAAAACCCUCAUUCAUUGUUAACCACUUUAUCCGUCAAGGGUCGCAGAGGGGCCAGAGCCUCAGCCGGCAUCGGGCGGAACGCAGACCCUGCAAAUGUAUAAGUGUUUUAUAGAGAAUUUUACUUUCCGGCCACCAAAAGUCCUACCCAACACAUCUAAUCAGCCCAAGAACACAAUUGCCACAGUGAAAUAUGGUGGUGGCUGCAUCAUGCUGUGGGGGUGUUUUUUUAGCAGCAGGGACUGUGAAACUGGUCAGAAUGGAGGGAAAGAUGGAUGGUGCUAUGUACAGGGAUAUUCUGGAGCCAAACCGGCCACUGAUGAGAAUGGGACAGAAGUUCCACUUCCAGCAGAACAAUGACCCUAGUUAUGCUUAUUAGUUAUUUUGUCCUAUUUGUUGUUUGCUUCACAAUCACAUCUUCAAAAGUUGUUGGCAUGUUCUGUAAAUGAAUUGAUGCAAACCCUCAAACAAUCCAUUUUAUUUCUAGGUUUUUGGCCAACACAAUACACAAAAUACAAGGCACUAAAUUUCUGAUAAAAGAAGUGUUUUAGAACACUUGUUUAAUAAAUGAGUUUGCUAAAACGGUUAUUAUUUAAUCACUAAGACAUGCUGUUAAAGGCAUGACCGAUUCUAUUUUCCUGACUGAUGCUGCCAUUUGAGGCUCUGUUAUGCAGAAAUUAUUUUAAAUCCCAUUACACUUCCAGUCACUGUGAGGGAAAUGCACACAAAUAUAAUACCCUCAUGUUUACGCUGCUUGCAAAUCAAAAAUCUAAUUGUCUGACUCCUGCAAACUACAUGAUCACCCAAGAUCAUGUAAAGGUGUUGAUUGGAUUAAAGAUAAACUGAUUAUCUGAGUGUUUAUCUGAGAAUUAGUUAGUUGUUCAGACAUAACAUACGGGUUUAUGGUGCUACUAGAUUUAGUUUAAAACUAAUUAGUGUAAGGUCUUUGUUUAAGGACACAAACUGAACAACCAACAUAUGCAAAACCAGCCGUGCACUGCAGUGCUGUUUUUACUGCAUUACCUCGUAUCUCCACUCCAGGGAAUCCUCUGUGUGUUAAAGCCUGUUGCAUAACUGUCCUGGUGUUUCUACUUUGGCAGCAGAACUCGUUCUGAAAUCAGUGUGAGCUGACUGUCUCGUCACUCCCCAGAAAUAAGUCUAGCAGAGCUAAAAAUGACCCCGAACUGUGUUCAAUUGAACUGGAUUAGAGGUGAUUUGCUGAAGCCCAUCAUUCAUAGAAAACACAUUGCAUCCAACAAUAACUAAAACCUCAUUCGUCUUUUAUACAGCUGUAAAAAACUAAUUUAACUAACUCAUUUACAGGAAUAAACACACAAUCAACCAGCCCACUACCCGUAACAGUCUUCUGCCACAAGUUUAUAAAAACUCUAAAUAAUAGAACUAUAAUUUUUAUUUUGUUGGGGUAUGCUCCAUUAGUUUUCUAUACAGCUGCUGACAGAGCUUCAUUACUGUGCUAAAGGCUCCACUUCUGACACCAACAAAAACAAACCUUUCCUAGCUGUGAGCUGAGGAUUUAUUGUUUUUGGUAGUUUCAUCAGCCUCGUAUCACCAGUCUAAUGCUAAUAAAACCACCUGUAUUUGUUUAAUGGCUGCAUCUGAAGUAAGUGCAGGUUGGAGAGCUGUGAAAACUGUGUAAAUUGAUUAUUUUGCAGAACCGUUUUCUUUAAGUAAGACUGAGUGCCUGAACGAUUCAUGCUUGAUAUGUUGUACUGUUCUUAUUUUUUUCGUUUAUUAUUAUUUUUUAAAUGGUAUGUUUGAUAUGUUUGGUGAAAAAAAAAUGGAAAAUAACUAGGAUAAUCACAUCACUACAUUCAGCUCUGCAUUGCGUUUCUACUGCAGUGUUCCAGGCUGAAUUCUUCAAAACCUGCCAGUAACAUCGCUCGACGUUCAGUUUGUUUUUCUUCUUCUCCAGUUAUCAUAUAGUUUGUAAAUGCACGCUUGUUUUCAUCACAUAUCAGAUAUAAACCAUAUAAACUUGAGUUAUGAUUCCUUACUUAAACUGCACUAUACAAAUUAAAAUGUCAUCAAAUGUUUGACCAAAAAAAGGGUCAUAUUUUUAUAUACUUUGGUGCUUUAAGAUAAAAACAGACGUUUUGAUGUUACAUCCCUGAAUAAGACGCACAUUUUGAACCUGUAAACAGGAAAUCUAGUUCUGUACCUUUUAGCGACGCUGAAUCUGAGCAAUACUAAAUUCAACAUAAUAUUUUGGCACUAGCCCUCCUUCUCAUCUCUCAGAGGGUCCUAUGAUGAAUUGACUGUUGUUUGUAUUUAAGAAAUCUUCCAGCGUGUAAUUUAUAAAUAACUUCUAGUACUGUGCAAAACCUUUAUUGUUCAGGGACAUUGAGAAGCGAUCACUUAGUUCAACGUAAAUAGACCGAGUAGAAUCUCCGUAUCUAUUCCCACGCUUUUAUCAUUGCUUUUAGUUUUAGUCGAUGUGUACAUCUAUAAACAAACAAAAACAAAAAGAACGAAAAAAAAGCCUUAGUUUGCACUGGAUUUCCUGCGAAUCCCAGUCUUUUGUCUUUUCUCCUCCAUGAUAUAGCUUAUCCUUCUCUUUCUCGGACUUCAUUUAGACUCAUCGUCUUGUCCAUUUUUCGUUUUGUUAUGUAAAUUCUUUGUUCUGCUGUUGCAUUUUUUCCCUGUUCUUGCCAACAGCUUCAGGGACGAAGACCACAGAGACGUUUAAAAUGCAAGUUCUUGUUUUUCUUUUUCUUCUCCUUCAUUUUCUUCUUCUUCUUCUUCUUGGGCAGAGAUGUGUUUACCACACCUUUCGAGGUUUGUUUUUGGUAUGGUCCUGUACAACCACCAUCUUUACUGCAUUAGACAUGUCUGUGUCUGUCAUUGCACUAAAAUUGUCAUACAAUAAUGAUUGUAAUGAUCCUUUAUCAGGUUCUCCGUUGUCAUGGCUCGUUUAAGAGGAGCGCGAUGGCACUGACGAGAACCGCACGGUGUACACGACCCUAAAUAAAUAAAGCUGGUGACAUGUC